AUGUUGACCGGAGACAAGACUCAGACACCAGGUGAGGAGGCGCGACGACAUGACAUCUCAGCAGACUCUCAGAUUAGCCCCAUGAGUGUGGAGGGUAGCAUUGGUGUGGAGGUUCACGUCGUAUCGCCGUUGCGUAAGCAGCGGAAGCUGGUGAUGGUGCCGUCGUCACGCGGGGAUGCUUUGUUCACUACAACGGCGAACAUGCCUUUCGCCGACGCUGGCUCAUUAGUAUUCCCGACCUGUACUUCGGCAGUGCGGCUCUCGUCAUUUCGCGGGCAAUGGGUGUAUGUCGUGCAGGCGUUUCAGUUCUCACUGACAGAGCCCGGCAUGGCGCUCGUGGCGACAGUGAUUCUCUUCACAAUAUCGCUUAUUGGAUGCAUUACCGUCUUUUUCAUUGCACCCUCUCUCACGACGUCGCUGGCAACGCGCAUCCACGAGUCGCUUGACAGGGUUGUUAGCCAAGGCGAGAUGGACACGCUCCCCGCAUCGUGGAUGCCAAGUGUGGUGAGCAUGAUGCAAAAUGGGCUGCGUGCGGUGUUGGCCCCGUCGGUACUGCUCGGGGCCGCGGGUAUGUGGGUUCUUGGCGAUCCAGAGCGACGACGGCCAGGCAAGUUGCUCAUGGGCUACGGUCUGCUGGUGUUUAUUCACGGUCUUAUGCUGCUCUACUUGUUUCUCAGCGUUUUCUUCAGUGGGCAACUGGGCGUGUGGCAGAACAAGUUCCUCCAGCUUUUUCAGGACGUAUUAGGAAAGCUCGAUGGCAAUGUAGGUCAGUGCAUCUGGGAGUACGCGUAUUCGUGCUCUGGUUUCAGCUCGUGCUGUGUGACCAACACAUCUGCACUGAGCAUGAGUGAUGAAGAGCUUCUGAGAGACGCAGAGGUGUGGCGCUCGCUGUGCUUUGUCACGAUGUGGAACGGCACAGCCUUAACACGGCGCCACAGGCAUGGCGAGGGCGACAUUUUCGUUGACAUCACGAAAGCGGUGCGCGAUGGGUGUGGGGAGAUAACCACACAAAUGGACCCCAAUGAGGACUACCCACUCUACUCCACCGCCUGCGCACUUGCCAGCGGGUCGGCGAUGAUUACCCCAUCGCACUCCACUAGUUGCGAGGACUUCUUCAUUGGCCACUUCUCAUCCACAAUUGGCUUCGAUAUGUGUCUACUUUUUGGCAUGACAGUCUGCAGUCUUGUGACCGGCGUCGUCGUUCUCAUCACCCACUAUCAGCGGCCUCGCAUGUCUGAGUUCAUGCCUGUGAACACGCCUUCCGCUUCGUCCAAUGAGAGCGCCAUGAUGGUAAACGUAGAGGCCUCCGGCGACUAUCGUGGGGCGAACCGCAAGCUCAGUUAA